CUGAAGCCCUAUAGGCCCCUGUUCUCCUCUCUCAGUUCCAGUCCAGGCCUCUCCUCCAUGGGGAAGAUUGCUUCCAUGCCUGCAUCCCUUCUGGGUCAGAAGACCCCUACUGGGCUGCCUCAGGGCCACUGGGACCCUGGAAUUGCCCCCAAGUCAUCUCCACUCUGUCCCCUCACCCCCACCCCUGUCCCGGGUGCAUCCUCAGGGCUGUCCCCUCCCAGGGGUCCAGCAGGGACCUCCUCUUUCAGCUCCUGCCCUUUAAAGGGGGCCGACCAUCCAUCUAUCCCUUCCCCCUCCCUGGGAUGCCUGACAGGUCCCAUGUCAGCAUCAGACACAGCAUCCUUGUUCAUUUCCAAUCCCUUCUCCCCAGCUUGGAAGCUGCUAACCAGUCUCCCAGGCCAGGAGAAUCCUCACAGGUAAGACUUCUAGAUCUUUCCAGAUUCCCACCUGGAUGGCAGCCUUGGAGCCCAACACUGUGACUUUAGUCUGUGGUUCCUCAAUGACACCCCACCUUGGAGUCAUCCUGGGCUGGGGACUCCCUUCCUCAAUGAGGAAGAGUCCCAUGUGAAGGCAAAAAUGGGUGGAGGGGAUUCACAACAGUCCCUACUUCCCAUGCCCCCAUGGCCUUGCUCUCACUCCAGGGCUCCUCCCUGUGAACUUCAUGGCCAGUUAUAUCUUCAGCUUCAUCAACACCUCCCUGUACCUGCACCAGCCGGUCCUGGAGUGGUGCGUGGCUGUGUACUCGAUCUGCUUCAUCCCAGCAGCCCUGGCCAUCCUGUUGAACCUGGGCAAAUGGCAAUUCAGGCUGCCCGGGCCCUUCUCCCUCUUCAAGCUUGUGCUCACCCUGCUCUCCGUCCCCCUCUAUGUCAACGCUCUGGUCCUCUGGUCACUCUACCAGUUCAAUGAGGAGUUUGGUGGACACCCCCAGCAGUUCAGUGAUAAAGGCUGCACCAAUUAGCUCAGCUACAACCUGUGCUUCUGAAACAGAGACUGGCUGUGGCCAACCUGAUGGCCAUAAACCUGCUGAUUUAUGUGACCGACCUGGUGUACUGGGCCCACCAGGUUUCUGUAGGGACUGAGGGUCAGCCCAGUGCUCCCGAUCCCCUCCACUCACAGGAGGUGUCUUUACAGAGCUCUGUCAGCCCCGAUGUCCUCUUCCUGGCUCUCCUCACUCCCUGCUGGCAUUCUUCCCCACUCAUCUCACUCUCUUUUCUGUUCCCUUCCCUCCUGCUCUGCCUCCUUCCUGUCUUGUGUGGUUGCCCACAUUCUGUUUUCCUUCUUUCUCUUGCUUCUCUCAUUUUUUUCUACAUUUUUCUACCGUUUGCUCCUUUCCUGGUCAUCCUUGAUUUUCUCAUUUCCUGUGUCCUGACCACCUCGCUCCAUUUACCUUCUCCUGAUCAGAGCAGCCUGGCAUAAUUCAAGCUCCCACUCAAGAUCAAAUUCAAAAACAGAUAGAAAAGAUUGAAAACAACCGAGGUGUUCAUCUUUAGGAUGCGGAUUAAUAAACGAUGAUGGGGGAGGGAACUAAGAUGGCAGAGGAAUAGGACGGGGAGACCAAUUUCUCCCCCACAAAUUCAUUGAAAGAUCAUUUGAACG